AUGUUUUCCCACACUUCUUAUUCAAGGGCUCCCCCAGUCCGACCUUCUCGUUCUCUUGAAGGACUGGAGCAAGUCGUCCCUCCAAAAGCUCUCUACUCACCUCGAUCAAUGCUUUUCUUGAAUAAGCCACUACCAGCCAAACCAAUACCCGACAACUCGACCGAAUACUCGGUAAUGUGGAGUGAUUCCGACAGUGACAGCGAAAGCGAAAGCCAUAGCACCGUCGACAGCUUUGCCAGCCCAAGUGAACCCCGGGACUCAACCGAGAGCUAUCCUAUCUUCGUAAGCUCCGACUCCGACGACUUCAUGGAUCAUUCAGCCCCCGAUCUCAGUUUGGGUCCGAUCCAUACUUCUCCACAACAUUUUUCAAAUGUGGAUGCGCUCGAGUGCACGGACUUGAUAGAUCCUCCCAAGUCAGCCGCUUCAACGCUCAGUGCGCAAUCAGACCCCAUACACGGCCGUCCUCCCCACUGGAACCGCUCCGCCACAAACCACUACUUCCGGGAGAAGAAGUGGGAUUUCUUCCCUGAGCUCGCCACUCCCUCCGCCCUGCAGGCCAGUGGCCGGGAUAGCGCCAGUCUACAGAAGAAACAAAAAGAUGGUAGACUGAAUGUGCCACGGACCCGCUACAAAUGGCACUCGCUCGAUCGGAGCUUGGGCCUUGGUUUGGCCUCCAAUGUACGCGACUCCAUCAAGACAUAUGUUCAUCGCACACUAUCCCGAGAUUCAAACGAUACGAGCACUCCACUACAACGACCCUCAACAGCCCCAGGGGAUGCAGAUACACUCACUUUACAACAAACCACAUUCCAACACUCGUCGACCGACAUCAGUCAACUACGAAGAGACUCCGUCAUCUCUGUCGUAAGUGAAGUCAACGUUUGCCCAUCACCAACAACCCGACCAAAACAACUAGCAGUCCCCAUGUCCCCAUAUCAAAAAUACGGUCCUUCAAUCUGGGAAACCCCUAAACCCAAAAAGCGCAGCAUCCGUUUCCCCAGUUACCGCAAAGACUCCCUGGUAACCAGCUCCUCGGCUCCAGAGUUCACAGUAAACCCAACAGCCCCCAUCUCCUCCCCACCGCUGAAGUUUCAAUUCCAGCAAAACACUCGGGAGGCAGUUCGUGCUUUCCAGGGGGCAAAAAAAAGAUGA